AUACCUAGCAGUUGCUGCACGAAAAGAUAAAGGUAGGAGGAGGCGCAGUGGUGGCUCGUAUUGAUCAUUUGGGGAGGAGACGACCUUGAAGGUUAAUUUAGUUAACCAUGGAGGAGGGAUUUCAAUGGAGCAGGCCGGGCUCCUUCGUCCUGUUCGCCGUCUUCUUCCUGUCGGCGGCGGCCGUGUCGGAGGCCAACAUCGGCGAGUUCGACGAGCACUGGCAGAAACGCAAGCUCAUGGCAGACGCCGCCGCGCAGGCCACCUACAAGCCCGACCCGAUCGAGGAAACCAACCGCAUCAACCGCGCCGUCCACAGAUCGACCGCGAAGGAGGAGAGCAGUACGAGGCGGGAGAUGCUGGGGAAGAAGAAGAAGUUCAGGGGGGCGUGCAAGGCGACGAACCCGAUCGACCGGUGCUGGCGGUGCCGCAAGGACUGGGCGACGGACCGGAAGCGGCUGGCGCGGUGCGCGCAGGGGUUCGGGCGGAACACCACCGGCGGGCUGGCCGGCAAGUUCUACGUGGUGACGGACGGCACCGACGACGACGUGGUGAACCCGCGCCCCGGCACGCUCCGGUGGGCCGUGAUCCAGAAGGAGCCGCUGUGGAUCACCUUCGCUAAGACUAUGAUCAUAACGCUCAAGGAGGAGCUCAUCAUCGGCAGCGACAAGACCAUCGACGGCCGCGGCGCGCAGGUGCGCAUCGCCAACGGCGCGCAGCUGACGGUGCAGUUCGCCAACAACGUCAUCAUCCACAACAUCCACAUCAAUGACAUCGUCUCCUCCAACAAGAACGGUGGCUAUAUCCGGGACUCGCCGGACCACUUCGGUUGGCGCACAGUAUCCGACGGAGACGGCAUCACCGUCUUCGGAUCCACCAACGUGUGGCUGGACCACAUCUCCCUCUCCAACUGCCAGGACGGCCUCAUCGACGUCAUCGCCAAGUCCACCGGCGUCACCAUCUCCAACUGCCACAUGACCAACCACAACGACGUCAUGCUCUUCGGCUCCAGCGACAGCAGGCCCGAAGACCAGAUCAUGCAGAUCACCGUCGCCUUCAACCACUUCGGCAGAGGACUCGUGCAGAGAAUGCCAAGAUGCCGGUGGGGAUUCUUCCACGUGGUGAACAACGACUACACCCACUGGCUCAUGUACGCCAUCGGCGGCAGCAAGAGCCCGACCAUCAUCAGCCAGGGCAACCGGUACAUCGCCCCGCCGAACCUCGCGGCGAAGCAGGUCACCAAGCAGCAUGACGCGCCGGAGUCGGAGUGGAAGAACUGGGUGUGGCACUCGCAGGACGACCUCUUCAUGGAUGGCGCCUACUUCACCGUUACCGGCGGCGACAUCAACAGACAGUUCAACAAGAAGGACCUCAUCAAGCCCAAGCCCGGGUCCUACGUCACCAGGCUCGCGCGCUUCGCCGGCUCCAUCCCCUGCAGGCCCGGCAAGCCCUGCUAGAG